CAAACACAUUUUCUUUUGCUUCCAAAUCUCACAAAAGAAGAAAAUGAAGGUUAUUGCUGCAUACUUGUUGGCUGUGUUGGGUGGAAACACAUGCCCAUCUGGUGCUGAUUUGAAGAAGAUCCUUUCUUCUGUUGGAGCUGAAGCUGAUGAUGAUAGAAUUGAGCUCCUCUUGACCCAAGUCAAGGGCAAGGAUAUCACCGAGCUGAUUGCUGCUGGUAGGGAGAAGUUGGCUUCCGUACCUUCUGGUGGUGGCGCCAUUGCAGUUGCUGCACCUUCUGGUGGCGGUGCUGCAGCACCAGCUGCUGAGGAGAAGAAAGAGGAAAAGAAGGUCGAAGAGAAAGAGGAAUCUGAUGAUGACAUGGGCUUCAGUCUCUUUGAUUAGAGGAAUUGCAACAGUGGAAAAGUCUUGUUCCUCAGUUACUUUUGAGUUUAUUGUAGGAGUCUUUUUGUCUACUUACUGAUUUCAUUUUUAGUUUAGUUGAUGAACCUAAAUUUUGCUUGGUAAACAUCUUGAGUCAAUUGGAAGUUACUAAUAUUGUUGGA